GUGACGUCCUACCAGGUGGAAGGCGCCAGGAGGUGGAGAGCUCGAGCGCUGCCGGUUUUAAACGAUCUUUUGGUUUAAAUUCUUGGUGCGCGGAUCGACUUUUUUUCCUCAGAAAGAUGAUGUGUUAAUGAUUCCCGAGGUUUUCUGAGUCUCUUCAAAAGGACUGAUAUCACUUCCAGGAAAUGGACUGUGAUCCCCAAGAUCUGAAGGAGUCAGUGUUUAAUAAUUUCGGUGAGGUUGCAGAUUGGGAAGAGAGGGACUUUGAGGGGGCAGACGUGAAGGAUAUGAGAGUGGAGGCAGAGGCUGUGGUCAACGACGUCAACUUUGCUGUUCGUCAUAUGGCUGUCUCGAAAAGCCUUGCAAUUGGAGAAGAUGUUGCUUAUAUUAACGUAGAAACAAAGGAAGGAAACAGAUACUGUCUUGAGCUAACUGAAGCAGGACUCCGGGUGGUGGCUUAUGGCUUUGACAAGGUGGACGAGUCACUGUCGAUGCAGUACCAUGAAACGAUUUACUCUCUCCUGGACUCAGUCAGCCCUGCGUAUCGUGAAGCAUUUGGUAAUGCGCUUCUGCAGAAGCUAGAAGCUUUAAAAAAAGUACAGGAGUGAAGGGCAUUGACUCCAGCCCCUUGUGAUGGCAUGUUUCUCAACAUGUUUUCUCUGGCUGCAAAAAGUCCAUGACCAAACAUACAGGAGACUACACACAUCCCACAAAAAAUUAGCAAAUUGUUUGUUUCCAUAUUCACGCAGCAGUACAGUUGGGAUCCACAAUCUUGCAGAAUUUAAUCUCUGUUUCUCAUUCCUACAGAGAGAGGAAAGGUGUUUGUAAGUUCCCUUGCUGUAAUAGGGCUGAAAAUUGCACAGCCCCUUUCAAAAGAGGUCAGUCUGUGUAAUUGCAGCAGUGAUGCACAAGCAUAGUAAGCAGGAGGGUACCUUUGGCCCAUGACUUGUGAAAAGAGCAAUGGACAUUGUCCAGACCUAAGUUUCUUGGUGAGAGAGAAGCAAGUGACCAGUAACUUUUAGCUUCUUCCAGCUUUCUCACUAAUAAAAUGUUGCUUCAUUUUACAUGUUGUACUUUGACUUGUUAAUUUAAAAAAUAACCUUCCAGUGUGCUGUUAAAUUGUGAAGCACAGAAAGUCAAACCUCUGGUGUAAUUUGCAGAUUCCAAGGUGAGAAAAAAUCUAAUCUUUUCAAAAAAAAAGUUAGUGUAUGUUUUGCAAAAAGAAUAAAAUAUUUUGGACACCAA